UGUAUCACCUGCUUACUACGAUAAGCUACAAGGAAAUAUAAAUAGAGCAUUUUCAAAUCGUUUAAGAACAUUGUAAGUCUCGAAAUACACGAUAACCACCGUUCGCGAUGGACGGUGGAAAAACUCUUGCCAUUUUAUUUCUGCACAUAGCCAUCUUUAUUCAAGAUGUUUACAGUGAUGCUGAUAAUAACAUUGAAAACAGAAUUUUAGGUGGUCAUAAAGUCAGCAUUAAGGACUAUCCCUACCAAGUACAUAUAACUGCAGAAAAAAAUGGAAAAAAGUACCAAUGUGGAGGAUCUAUAUUGACUUAUAAACACAUAAUUACUGCUGCACACUGCGUUAAAGGUCGCGAAAAAGUAAUGGUAAGAGCGGGUGUAUCAAGUCUAAAGGAAUCGACAAAGGAUGAACCAUCUAUGCCAGGAAUCUAUGUGUAUCAUCCCAAUUAUAAUGAUUCGACCUCCGACUACGAUAUUGCAAUUAUAGAAUUAACAAAUAAUAACAUUACUUAUACACCCAAAAAACAACCUACAACUCUCCCAAAAUCCGGAACAGAAGUUCGUGCAGGCACAAACACUACAGUGUCUGGAUGGGGAUAUAUAAAGCCAAAUGGACCCUACAGUAACGACUUAAGAGCUGUGACAUUAAAAGUGUAUCCUCUUCAAUACUGUGCUAUAUACUACGGUAGCCUUGUCACAGAGAGGCACAUCUGUGCAGGUUCUGAUGAACCAGACCAAAAUUCUUGCCAGGGCGACGCCGGUGGUCCUUUGGUGAUAACCUCAGAUAAGGUACAAGUCGGUGUCGUGAGUGGUGGCCUAGGCUGCGAAUCAAGAGUACCCAAGAUCUAUACUAACCUAGCUUAUGGGGGUAUUAGGGACUUUAUAUCAAAAUAUACGGGUGGCUCAUAAAUUAACCUAUAAAAUUUAAUCAUUUAUAAAUAUAAACUUGUGUGCGCUAAGAGACA